AUGCCGCUGGGGAACCUGGAGAUCGUGUUUAUAGUGCUGACGGGGGUGGUGCUGUUGUUUUCGGUGUCCAGUAAUAUAUUGGUCAUAGUGUUGGUGAUCAAAAACCCCAAGCUGAGGAACGUCACCAACCUCUUCAUCUGCAACCUGGCCAUUAGCGACAUCGUGCUCGCCGGCUUCGUUCUACCUCAGAAUCUUCAUGAUGUUUCUCAUCCAGCAGAUUACUAUGAAGGUAUCGUGCUGUGCAAGGUAACCAACGUCAUGCCCAUCUUCUGUAUCGUAGUGUCCAUCUACAGCCUGGUCGCCAUAUCAUGUGAACGGCGCAAGGCCAUCCUAAUGCGGGUCGAACCUAUGCGUCCAGGUCAUGCAGCCUUAAAAAUCAUCCCAGUAAUCUGGAUGGGAGCAGCUGUCCUUAUCGUCCCCACAGCCCUCGAGUACUCCGUCUACAUCAGCGUCUCAGACGACGUCAACAUCACCGCGACGUCAUGCGCGUCAGUCACCUUCUCCUCAGCUGCCUCCAUCACCAACGGCUUCGUGCUGCUGCUGAUAGCGUACAUCAUCCCCCUAGUCUUCAUCCUGGGCAACUACUGGCGAAUAAUCAACUUCCUCCGAGAGCACGGGCUAUGUGAUAGAUCUGGACGGAGGAAGAGCACAGCGAGAGGAUUCUUCAUCUACCGCCAUCGUAUAAAGAUUACCAAGAUGCUUAUACUCGUAGCAGCUCUUUUCGCCAUAUCGUGGCUCCCGUAUUUUAUACUUCUUAUAUCACAGAAAAUAUCAGGAAGAGAUGACCAUAUGUUUGUUGGUGGCCCUGUGAACAUGAUCAAGAUAUCGCUGGCGUCGUUCAGUACUGCAUACAACGUCGUUCUCUACGCCAUCUACAACCGGAACUUCAGGGGAGCAUUCAUGAAAAUGUUUUACAAUGACAAAACUACUGGCGACAGUACAACCAUCGGUUCCAGUAGCAGUCACAGUCGCAGUUCUGUUAGCCUCCCUCUGGCUGCCAGAUCACCAAUCGUCACUCAGAUGUAG